GAUGCUGCCUGCCCUGCCGUGUGGGGCAGCCAUGUCCUGGGGGUGCUCAUUACUGCAGCCCCUCUCAGGGUGCACUUUGUCCAUACCAAAUCCCCCCAAGCUUCAAUCCAGCCACCGUGGGGAGAAUCACCCUAGAAAAGGGAGGGGGUGUACAAGGAGUCACCCCGGGAUGUGCCCCCAGAGCUGCCCUCCCAAAUCCCCUUUUCCCAGGCAUGCCUUUUCCCAAGGAAGGGCCGCGACUGUUGCGAGUUGUCUCCACCCAGAUUCUGGAUAACUCCACCCGCCGCUGACUCGCAGCUCCUCCUCCCAGUUACAGCCCAGCUGGGAUAUAAGCAAGUCACUCAGACAUCGGGAGCUGCCGCGACAGCUGGGCGGGUGGCGUGGGACAUCGCGCCGUGACCUGUGCCGUGUCCUUCGCCUCGACCCCGGACCCCAUGGCGACGCCUUCGCAGAAGAGGAGCACCCGCAGCGGGGCUUCGGGGACCCCCUUGUCCCCCACCCGCAUCACCCGCCUGCAGGAGAAGGAGGACCUGCAGGAGCUCAAUGACCGCUUGGCCGUCUACAUCGACAAGGUGCGCUCGCUGGAGCUGGAGAACGCCGGCCUGAGGCUCCGCAUCACCGAGUCCGAGGAGGUGGUGAGCCGAGAGGUCUCGGGCAUCAAGGCUGCCUACGAGUCGGAGCUGGCGGAUGCCCGCAAGACCUUGGAUUCCGUGGCCAAGGAGAGAGCUCGGCUGCAGCUGGAGCUCAGCAAAGUCCGGGAGGAGCACAAGGAGCUGAAAGCCCGGAAUGCCAAGAAGGAAGGGGACCUGCUCACUGCACAGGCACGCCUCAAGGAUGUGGAGGCUUUGCUUAAUUCCAAGGAAGCUGCACUCUCCACGGCCCUGGGUGAGAAGAGGAAUCUGGAGAAUGAAGUGCGUGAUCUGAGGGGGCAGGUGGCCAAGCUGGAAAGCGCCUUGAACGAAGCCAAGAAGCAGCUGCAGGACGAGAUGCUGCGCCGCGUGGACGCCGAGAACCGGCUGCAGACGCUGAAGGAAGAGCUGGAAUUCCAGAAGAACAUCUACAGCGAGGAGCUGCGGGAGACCAAGCGCCGCCACGAGACGCGGCUGGUGGAGAUCGACAACGGGCGGCAGCGGGAGUUUGAGAGCAAGCUCUCUGAGGCCCUGCAGGAGCUGCGGAGCCAGCACGAGGCCCAGAUCAGGCUUUACAAGGACGAGCUGGAGAAGACCUACGGGGCCAAGCUGGAGAACGCCAAGCAGUCGGCUGAGAGGAACAGCAACAUGGUGGGUGCUGCCCACGAGGAGCUGCAGCAGACCCGCAUCCGCAUCGACAACCUCUCCUCGGAAGUGAGCCAGCUGCAGAAGCAGUUGGCCGCCAAGGAAGCGAAGCUGCAUGAUUUGGAGGAUAUUCUGGCCAGGGAACGCGAGACCAACCGGCGCCUGCUCUCGGAUAAGGAGCGGGAGAUGGCCGAGAUGCGGGCGCGCAUGCAGCAGCAGCUGGAUGAGUACCAGGAGCUGCUGGACAUCAAGCUGGCCCUGGAUAUGGAGAUCAACGCCUACCGCAAGCUGCUGGAGGGCGAGGAGGAGCGGCUGAGGCUGUCCCCCAGCCCUUCCUCCCACAAAGGUACAUCCCGAAGCCACUUGUCCACCUCGGGCUCCUCCAAGAAGCGGAAGCUGGAGGACAGUGAGAGCCGGACCAGCUUCUCCCACCACGCCCGGACCAGCGGCCGUGUCGGAGUGGAGGAGGUGGACUUGGAGGGCAAGUUUGUCCGUCUCAGGAACAAGUCCAACGAGGACCAGGCGAUGGGGAACUGGCAGAUCAAGCGGCAGAAUGGGGAUGAUCCCCCCAUCACCUACCGCUUCCCCCCUAAGUUCACCCUGAAGGCUGGCCAGGUGGUCACGAUCUGGGCCUCAGGAGCUGGAGCAACCCACAGCCCCCCCAGCAACGUGGUGUGGAAAGCCCAGAGCAGCUGGGGCUCCGGGGACAGCCUGCGCACCGCCCUCAUCAACUCCAACGGCGAGGAGGUGGCCAUGCGGAAGCUGGUCCGCACCGUGAUCAUCAACGAUGAUGAGGAUGAGGACGCCGAUGAAAUGAGCAUUCACCACCGCCACCACCAUGGGAGCUGCAGCGGCUCUGGGGACCCCGGUGAAUACAACCUGCGCUCCCGCACCGUGGUGUGCGGCACGUGCGGUCAGCCGGCCGACAAGUCGGGCACCCAGAACGCCGGCGUCAACACCAUGUCCUCGGGCUCCUCCACCUCCAGCGUGACCGUCACCCGCAGCUACCGCAGCAUGGGCGACUCUGGCAUCGGCCUCGGGGACAGCCUGGUGACCAGGAACUACCUCCUGGGGAGCUCCAGUCCCCGCAGGCAGGUCAGUGCCAUUCCCAGCCCCCGGGGCAGGGCUGGCCCAGCACUGUCCGUUCUCAACAGGGCAGCACUGUAGGGGUCUCAUCCCCUCCCUCCUGUCCUCCUCCCUGCUUUUGCUCUUCCUCUUCGGCCUCACGCCAGCCUCUUUGUAAGGGAUCGGAGAUUCUGAGAGGGAUUGGAAAGGGAUGUGGCCAUAGCGGCUCCCAUCCCAUCCCAUCCCAUCCCAUCCCAUCCCAUCCCAUCCCAUCCCAUCCCAUCCCAUCCCAUCCCAUCCCAUCCCAUCCCGUCCAGUCCCAUCCCCUCCCAUCCCACCCCACAUUUGGCCCCCUUGGCACCCCAGAGCAUCCUCCACGUGCUCAUUCCACCACUGCUAAGUGUUGUUCCUGCUGGUAACGUGAACACUUCAGCACUUGAACAUAUAUUUUAUAUCUAUAUAAUAUUAACUUAAGACGUACUAUGUUCUAUAUGAAUACCCUCAGUCAAUAUUACACCCUCAGGUAUCACCUACCACUGGUUCUCAGAUUUCUGAGCUAUGAACACCCCGGCCUUGGGGGGGUUAUUUAUUGCACCCCAAGGGCCAGGGCAGAGGCGAGCCCUGGGCACACACAGACCGGGCACUGUGGGCAUGUGGAGGAUCCCACUUGACACGCCACAACCAGAGCAAACAGUGACACUGGGUUCUUCUUAACCCUCUUCUUUUUCCUUCUCCCUCCCAGGCUCAGGCUGUGCAGAACUGCAGCAUCAUGUAACCCUGUGGCGCAUUCCUGUGGUUCGUGCCCAUCUCCAGCUAGGUGGUUUUGUUGUUUUUUUUUUCCAAAGCAAAAGAAAGGUUUUUUUCCCCUUUAAAAAAAAAAAAAAAAAAAAAAGAUAUGAAAACCCAAGUUUGGGGGUUUUUGUUUUCUAUAGCAGGAAUUUUAUAUAUAUAUAUAUAUUAAAAGUGCUAAAAGAUGCUUUGAUUUUUUUUUUUUUUUUUGUAAAGGAAAAAUCUAUUUCUAUAUAAAAAAAAUCCAAACCAAAAAAAAGCUUCUCAGCUUCACAAUUUUUUUAAAACUUCAGCCAAAGACAGCGAGAAAUCAUGUUUACGGAGCAGCCACGCAGGAGGAGAUCAUAGCUGAAACGCUCUUUAGAUUGUACCUUUUUUGCCAAAGCUUUUUACAUAGGACUGGGAGAAGUGCAGCCAUCCCCACCGGGGCUGCUGUCCUGUCUCGAGUGGAGCACAGUGCCUUUACAACCCUUUUACUUGGGAUCUGAAGCCAAAAUUCCCUUUUGUGUUUUUUUUUUUUUUUUUUUUUUUUUUUUUUUUUUUUUGGAGUUGUGAUUCCUGGUGGUGCUGGCGUGGGGGCUCCUGGCAGCUUGCAGGCAAUGCCCAUGUCCCUCCGUGGCCAUUGCCCCCUCCCCAGCCCCCUGCCCGCCUGCACUCCCAGCGCUCCACGUACUGUAUCCCCCAUAUUCCCCAUCCCAGGCACGUGGUGCCCUUUGGGUUCCCUCUCUUAUUUUUUAAGCAGCCAAGUUGUGCCUUAGCCAAGGCGGGGGCCAGGCUGGGAACGCCGCUGGACCCCGCACGGCAUCGAGUGGAGAUGGAGUAGGGGAAGUGAAAACCCUCCAGAGCCGCGUCCCGGGACCAGGUGGAUUUGGCAGCUGGGGUGACGGACCUCGCUCCUGCAGGCUCGGCACCAGAAGGGCCCUCCAGGUCCCUCCCUUUGGGGGCCACUGCACCGAACGGGGUCCACCCCAGUUUUUCUCGACUGUGGUUAGUCGGGCUCGUCUCCGGUGACCGGAGCUCGGGAACCGUUUCAGGGGUGAGGUGAAGGAUGCUCAGUCCAGGCAGGGCUGGUUUGCCAGGAAGGCACCAAGGAAAGUGUUUUGUUUGAGGGAGGGGGGAUUUUGGGAUCUGGCAGGAGCAGCUUCCCCCUCUGCAAAGGUCCAUCCAGCUGUUGACAGAGAUCUCGGCUUCUUGCCUUGACUGAGGAAUGCCUGCAGCCCCCCCCAGCCUCAAGUGCAGGGGAGGGCAGGAUCAGGUCCCAGGACGAGCCCCCCGCUCCAGCGGGAUCUGGCGAGGCCGUGUAUUGUAUCCAUGCUUGCAAAGCUUCUGUAUUACUGCCUGUAUCUCCUUCCAAAGUCAAAAUACAGCCAAACCCU